AUGUCGCAAACACUAACACCACGCAUAGGACUCCGCUUGAGCUCGAGAGGCCCGCUGGCUGUCUCUGCGCGAGUAAUUGAGUCGCCAUGCCGCAACCUCUGUGCUUUCCACGCUUCCACGCCACUAUGCGCCCCUAGGACGCUGCGAAGCUUCUCCAAGUUCCCGCCGCUGUGGAAGAAGGCCGGCAAAGCCAGCAAGUCGCACGCAAAGACUGACUCGAGCCCGCCCGUUGGCCAGGCCGGCGCACCCACGCCCACGGACGAGAUCUAUGACAUGGCAGAGCUCGAGUCGUCGAUCCUGAAGGCGAUUGAGAAACUCACACACGACCUUGGUCAGCUGAGAAGCGGGGGGCGGCUGAACCCGGACAUUGUCGAGAGCUUGAAGGUCCAGCUCGGCACGGCAGGACACGGCAAGGAGACGGUGCGGCUGGGCGACAUUGCACAGGUGGUCCCGAGAGGGAGAGUCCUGAACGUCAUUUGUGGAGACGAUGCACACAUCAAGCCCAUAACCACCGCCAUUGCCGCCUCGCCUCACUCGCUCACCCCACUCGCGCCUGAGCAGAGCAAUCCGCUCACCAUCCAGGUGCCUCUCCCACCACCGACCGGCGACACGCGACGCGACGCCAUCGAAGCCGCGAAGAGGGCGGCCGAGAAGGCCGAGGCCAUGCUGCAGCGCGCACGACAGGAGCACAACAAGCUCGUCAGGAAAUAUGAGGUCAACAGGGAGGUGCGUCCGGACGACGUCCAGAAGGCGAGGAAGCGCAUGGAGGAGGUGGUCAAGAAGGGACAUGACGAGGUCAAGCGCAUUACAGACGGAGCGAAAAGGGUGCUGGAGAGCCAGUAG